AGUAGAGGUGGUUUUGUUGGCUUGCGUUAGGUGGGUUUGAUCCUCAUGGCUCUCCGUACUUGCCUGGGCGUCGUCAUUGUUACAGUACACGGUUCCUGUUUCUGUUCCUGCUGCUUUUGCGUAGGAGACACACACUCACACAUACAUCAUCUAGUCUUGGAGCUUACAUAAACCACUUGUUUAAAAGGUUGAAAAUGCUGUCGGUCACUGUGGACAACAGUGGAUCUCCAAAGAAGCGGGCGUUCUCGCGUGGAAUCAGCGAGGAUGAAUCACUUCGUAGCUUCAUAAAGGAGGCUGAGAGCUCGUCCAGGCGUCUACCACGAAGUGACAGCCGAGCAGGAACCUUGAAGAGGAGGCCUGACAGCCAGUCUGAGAAGGACCUCCUCAUGGGACUUCCUGAAAUGCUGGAGCUGCAGGCCAGCUAUGACGAGGCGCUGCACGAGCUGCGUGGGCUGGAGGUGGAGCGUGAGGCUCUGUUGUUCCAGGUGGACGUCCUGCAGGACACGCUGGAGGGUGUAGAGGAGCUGCUGGCAGAGGCUCAAAGGGAGGCUAGAGAUGCUCAUUUGGAGUUGGAGCGUGAGCGGGAUGCCAAGAGAAAACUGGAGAGUGUAGUCCGCUCUCUGAUGCAGAAAGUGGAAACAUUAAAAGAGGAAAGAAACACCAAAGAGCCGAUGUGUGACCACACAGGGGAAAGUGAGGUGGAUGCAAAGAGAUCAGGACACCAAAUGAAUGGUAAUGCCGACGAAGACACCUCCCUGUGUGAAGCUGCGCCAGCGUCCAAGGCGGACGAGGGAAGCGUGAUGACAAAGAUGAGGUGGGUGGCUAAUAGCACCCCCUCCCUUGCACUGGACAGCCCGGCCUGUGGGGACGGGGUGCAUAGGAGGCCUUACGAAAGCUGCACCGAAGGCGGACGAGAUCCUUCUCCAGAUAAGAGCGACUCUGACACAGCAAGCACGUAUGAGGACGCCUCUGCGGAGACUCCGGAGCAGCAGCACGUCUUUCCAGGUGACACUCAGGAGCUGCCUCAUGACUCCACAACUCACCAGGUGACCAACGAAUGCAACACUGAUAGCACCGACUCCCAUGAGGCUCAAAGUAGUGACAACUGCGUUGUGUCUUAAUUUAUCUGUUAGGGGAUUUAGUUAGAAACCACACACCUUUUUUAGAAUAGCCUCACAGCAGCAGAGCUCAGGUGGUUCACUAGCUCAGUGUUUUCCAACCUUUAAUGAGGUACAUAUUUUACAUUAGAAAAAUCUCUUGGCAACGAAUAUGUUUUAUGAUUAACAACAGGUGGAUAGACAGGUUCAUUAUGUACCAGCAUUUCGUUGUUCUGCCUCGCUGUGUGUCGCUGGCAUAGAUGAACAAGGAUCCUUUGUGAUCGCUCACGACAUCCUAAUGUGCAGCGGCACCGUAGUUGGGAAUCACUGCACUAGCUAACAUAGAUGACUACUUUUCUCAAUCAUAUCUUCACUUUGUGUCUUAAGACUACUAAUAUUUUAUACUUUUUGGAAUUCUGAACAAUUGUUCUUUCUAAGCUGCCUGCACAAGAAAGUUUAUUGGUUUGAGUAUAAAGAUAUGUUGCCAUCAGUCUGUCUGCAAAGUGGCUUUAAGUUGUUUUUGGGAGGCUCAUUCUCGAUGCUUUAGUUUGUAAGGUCAUUAUGUUUCUAAAGUGUGAGGGUACCACUAUUUAUUCACUGCCUGACUGUUUUAUACUGUAAGGGAGCUGUACUUUUGUAUGUCUUUUGUACUGUUUCUUUUGAGAAUUUAGGGAAAUUGGCUGCAUUUGCACUUUUCACCAGUUGGCAUAAAUGUGCUUUCAAAACAACAUUCCCUUUAGAACCAAACAAAUCAGAGACCAACUCAGCUGCUGCAGGCUGCGUCCUCCUGUAGCUGCAUGGAAAUACUGCAUGUUUGCACACUUGCAGUAGAGCUCAGUGACAUUUUUCAUGUCUCAUUGCUGUAAACCUGCAGUUUUGGGUUUUUUUUACGUUUAAGGCCAGAAUCGCCACCUCUGUUGGGAGCUGUAGUUUGCAUGAACACGCAUGUCAUGUAUUUAUUUCUGCACGGCACAUACAGUACAUUCAUCUUUAUACCAUUUUUAUACAGCCUUUCGCAAAUAUAUUCCAAAAUGCUUCGUCACGGACAUGCAUUUUACUUACAUGUAUUUAAUAAAAAUAAAAAAAAAUCCACAAUGUGAUUUGCCAACAUUCUCUUCUUGACUUAUUAAGUGUCUUAACUAUCAUGAGCUCACUCAUCUGUUGAAUAAUUAAUAAUAGAGUGCAAUGGGCUUCUGUCAUCUUGUGGACAGUUUUAAUGAAUAUACCUGUAUAUUUGCAGCGUAAUAUCAUGACUGCAUUUUUUUUCCUCAUACUUGAUUAGCUGCAGUGCUUUCACACACAGAUCUGAUGACUAUUUGAUGCCGUCUGUCACCACCUACAGUACAACAACUUCAUCUGUCAUUGCACAAUCAUUGUAAUUGAGAACGCUCUUACACUGAGGAUGCUGACAUGUUUUAUGGCGCAUUCUGUGAUUAGAGCCUUUCGAAAGGGACUUCAUUACAGCCUGCAGUUAAGAUGGCGGUUUUUAGUUUCUUGACCGUUCAAGUAAUCAAAUGUUCUGUGCUUUAUUUCCACACAAUGUUUUGCAGUAAAAAUAUGUGACAGACCUGAUAACUGAAUACAUAUUUCAUAAUAAA